AGUGAAUACAGAAGACAGCAACAAACACCAAACACCAAAGCGGUGUCAGUGGUGGCAGAUAAAACAGACAAUGGACAAGUUUAAACAGAUGUGUUGGUGUUUCAAAGUGUUCUUUCACGUACUUGCUAAUCUGACCAGUCGUGCGUGCCAAGAGACUUCUCAGGCCUUUUACAAAAUGUGCUGCGUAUUUUGCUGCUGGUCGACCAUAGGGAAGGAAUCCACUGUUCAAGAAAUAAUCAGGGAGGCCAGGGAAGACUUCUACAAAGAACUUACCAGGCAAUCGGCAGAGGAGCUGCUGAGGCCCAGGCAGAACGGAACGUUUGUCAUCAGGCCUUCAAAAUCUUUCCACCUAGGCGUACUCUCAGUUAUCCAAGACAACAGAAUCUUCCAUCUGAGCAUCAGAAAACGUGAAGAUGGUCUAGUAGCUUUAGGGAACGAAAAACCCGAUGAAAAGUGCUUCACAAGCUUGGACUGUCUCAUCAAUUAUUACAUAAGCAAUUACCUUUUGUUAUACUCUGAGGGGAAGGAAUAUUCUACUUUGUUGCUACCUUAUAAGGAUAAUAAAAAUGAUGUUGAUUAG